UACAUUUCUUUGGUGAAAAUAACCCAAAUCAGUAUUUAUUAUUUAGUCUGUAGGAAAGUUAUAGAGUUCACAAACUAUGGGAUAUAUCUGAAAAUUGAUCAAUCCUGAAGUACUGAAAGCCAAUCUAAUUUCUUGAGGCCCAAAAAUGUCACAACAGUAUAGAUAUCCCCCAAAUUACCCCUUUUUGCAAAGUAGACAGUCUGACGUAUUUCAUAAGAGGCCAUUUUUUGGAAAUCUUGUGUUUUUGUUCUGUUUCCUUUGU